CCUGCUCGUCUUGACGAGGACUGUUCUUCCUAAAAUAUCCGACAUAUUUUGGACAUACACGGAAGACAAGUCUCAACUGUAAAGUGUAUGUGGUUAUAAUGGUGGUUGAAUCCCUUGUUCAGGAUUGGCUACAAGAGGACGCUGGAAGAAGAUGACAUGUACAGGAUCCUCCCUGAAGAUGCGUCUGAGAGACUUGGGGAGGAGUUACAGGGGUACUGGAACCAAGAAGUUAAACUUGCGGCACAAGAUCUACGCCAGCCUAAACUCACCAGAGUCCUCAUAAAGUGUUACUGGAGAUCCUACGCGCUCAUUGGAACAUACAUCUUAAUAGAGGAAGUCAUCAAAGUCAUUCAGCCGGUGUUACUUGGUAAGCUCAUUGAGUACUUUGAGAGUCCUGAUGCCACAGGCCCAACUGCAGUCUACAAGGCUUACAGCUACGCAGCGGGCAUCUGCCUGUCCACCGUCUGGAUGUCCAUCCUCCACCAUCUCUAUUUCUACCAGGUCCAAAGAGUGGGCAUGAAGAUCCGGGUGGCCAUGUGUCACAUGAUCUUUCGUAAGGCUCUCAGUCUUAACAACACGGCGCUGACGAAAACAACGACGGGACAAAUUGUCAAUCUGUUGUCCAACGACGUCAACAGAUUUGAUGAGGUAACUUUGUAUCUGCACUUUCUGUGGAUCACCCCCCUGCAAGCAGCAGGGGUAGUACUAUUGUUGAUGUAUUGGAUCGGCCCAUCAUGCUUUGCGGGAAUGGCCGUCGUCUUCAUCCUUUUACCACUGCAGACUAUGUUUGGUAGACUGUUUUCAACGCUGAGGGCUGACACUGCAGUCCUGACUGAUGACAGGAUACGCACCAUGAAUGAGGUCAUCUCUGGGAUCCGUGUUAUUAAGAUGUACGGGUGGGAAAAACCCUUCGCUACGCUUGUGGAUGAAGUCCGAAGAAUGGAAAUCGCCAAAAUAAUGAAAAGCUCUUACCUGCGUGGCUUGAACAUGGCAUCUUUCUUCGUGGCCAGCAAGCUCAUCAUGUUCAUCACUGUUUGCGUCUAUGUGCUGAUGGGUAACCAGCUGUCUUCCAGCGCCAUCUUCAUGGCCCUUUCCCUCUACAGCGCCGUCAGACUCACCAUCACGCUUUUCUUUCCCUCCGGCAUUGAGAAGGCCUCGGAGUGCCUCAUCAGCAUCCGAAGAAUUAAAAAUUUUCUCCUUCUGGAAGAAGUUGCUCCUCAGCAUCUGGGACUCCCGGUGGCCGAGAAGAAAGACUGCAUGUUGAAGAUUCAGGAUUUGACUUGCUACUGGGAUAAGAUGCAAGAGGCCCCAACCUUACAGAAUGUGUCAUUAACAGUGAGGCCUGAUCAGCUGCUUGCUGUGAUCGGCCCUGUUGCCUCAGGGAAGUCUUCGCUCCUCAGCGCCAUCUUGGGAGAGCUAAGCCCAGAAAGCGGCGUUGUCAAGGUUCGAGGGCAUCUGACCUACGCUUCCCAGCAGCCCUGGAUUUUGCCUGGCACCAUCCGAAGCAACAUUCUUUUCGGCAAAGAGCUCAACCGCUUGAAGUAUGACAGAGUGCUGAGAGCCUGCGCCCUCAAGAGAGACAUGGAGCUUCUGCCAGGUGGCGACUUAGUAUCCGUCGGAGACAGAGGGGCCAACUUGAGUGGAGGACAGAAGGCGAGAGUCAGCUUGGCCAGAGCAGUGUACCAGGAUGCAGACAUCUACUUGCUGGAUGAUCCUCUCAGUGCUGUGGAUGCUGAAGUCGGCAAGCACAUCUUUGAGGAGUGUAUUUGUGGCCUUCUGAAGAACAAGCCAUGUGUUCUCGUCACUCACCAGCUGCAGUAUCUGAAGGCCGCACAUCAAAUUGUAGUCUUAAAGGAGGGGCAAAUGGUGGCCAAUGGGAGCUACAGUGAGUUGCAGAGCUCAGGACUUGACUUCUCCUCACUCCUCAAGAUGGAGGACAGCCAGGAGGAAAGACCGAGCACAACCUCGUACUGCCCCUCGAGUCUCUCUAACAAUUCUAUUUCAUCCAUGACGUCCCUGUCCGCCUCCUGCUACUCGCUGAUGGAGGAGACACUCACACUCGCAGCGCAGCCCACGGAGGAAAGGCGCACGCAGGGACACAUCGGCCUGCAAAUGUAUGGGAAAUAUUUCAGAGCGGGCGCUAACUUCCUGCUUCUCUUCCUCCUCAUUCUCCUCAACGCUCUUGCACAGGUGGCAUUUGUGCUGCAAGACUGGUGGCUUGCUCAUUGGACUUCCGAGCAGCAGCUCGUCAACCGAACUCAGCCCCUCAAUGGCAGCCUCCCUGCACAGCUGGACCUUGACCUGUACUUAAGUGUCUACGCAGGUUUAACAGGUGCAUCCGUAGUGUUUGGCUUCGUUCGCAGCCUGGUCUUCUUCAACGUCCUGGUGAGCUCAGCCCAGAGCCUACACAACCGCAUGUUUGACGCCCUCCUGCGGACCCCGGUGCACUUUUUCCAAAUCAAUCCAAUUGGAAGAAUUCUCAACAGGUUUUCCAAAGACAUCGGCUACCUGGACUCUCUGCUGCCAUGGACGUUUGUGGACUUCACCCAGCUGUUCCUUCAAGUCAUUGGCGUGAUCGUAGUGUCCGCCAUAGUCAUGCCUUGGAUCCUCAUCCCGUUUGUUCCUCUCUUCGCCUUCUUCCUGUGUCUGCGACGCUACUAUCUUCAGACCUCCAGGGACAUCAAGCGCUUGGAGGCAACCACAAGGAGUCCUGUCUUCUCCCACCUCUCUUCUUCCCUGCAAGGCCUGAGCACCAUCCGAGCAUUCGAGGCUCAGCAGAAGUUUCAGCAAAUGUUUGAUGACUAUCAAAAUCUCCACUCAGAGGCCUGGUUCUUGUUCCUGGCUACCUCUCGCUGGUUAGCCGUGCGCCUUGAUGGGAUUUGUUCCAUUUUCGUCACCCUUACUGCCUUUGGCUGCAUUUACUUCAGUGAUGACAUGGACCCUGGUGCAGUUGGCCUGGCUCUGUCAUACGCUGUGACACUGACAGGCAUGUUCCAGUGGGGCGUCCGACAAAGUGCGGAGAUCGAGAAUAUGAUGACAUCUGUGGAGAGGGUGGUGGAGUACACGGACUUGGAGAGUGAAGCACCCUGGGAGACAGACACAAAGCCGCCGCAUGAUUGGCCCAAGAGGGGCUCCAUCACAUUUGACUCUGUCAACUUCUCUUACAACGCCAGUGAACCUCUCAUCCUCAAGAACUUGACUGUGGUCUUCACAACCAGAGAAAAGGUGGGCAUUGUGGGGCGCACCGGUGCUGGUAAGAGCUCUCUGAUCUCGGCCUUGUUCCGCCUGGCAGAACCCGAGGGCAGGAUCAUGAUUGAUGGUUUCCGCACAUCUGACAUUGGUCUGCACACCCUCCGCCAGAAGAUGUCCAUCAUCCCACAGGACCCAGUUCUCUUCACGGGCACCAUGAGGAAGAAUCUGGACCCUUUCAGCCAGCACACAGAUGAGGACCUGUGGAAUGCACUCCAAGAGGUGCAGAUGAAGGCUGCGGUGGAGGAACUGCCCAAUAAACUGGAGGCGCUGCUGACCGAGUCGGGCUCCAACUUCAGCAUGGGCCAGAGGCAGCUGCUGUGUCUGGCCAGAGCCAUCCUACGCAAAAACCGCAUCCUUGUCAUCGACGAGGCCACGGCCAAUGUGGACCCAAGAACUGACAGCCUGAUCCAGCAGACGAUCCGGGGCAAGUUUCAAGAGUGCACCGUCCUCACCAUCGCUCACAGGCUCAACACCAUCAUCGACUGUGACAGAAUACUGGUCCUGGAUGCCGGUAAGGUCCACGAGUAUGAUGAGCCUUACGUGCUGCUCCAAAACCACGAUGGGCUUUUCUACCAAAUGGUACAGCAGACAGGCCAAGCCGAGGCUGCCUCACUGCUGAAUGCUGCCAAACAGGUGCACGAGAACAAAAAGCGGGAGCCGCGCCACCUCCAGGACGUCGUCUUUGAGACGUCUCUCUGACACUUUGGAGAGCGGCUUUGACCGCCGUCGCCGACCGAGCCCUACCGGAAGUAUUUAUUUAUUUAUUUGACUGUAUAUUGGAAUGUCCACUUUAGUGUGUGUCUGUGCCUUUAAUGAUAGCGUGACAGUUUACUGAUAGCACCUUGCUAUGUGAAGGUAUGUGCACUGCGGGCCUUUUGCGGGGACGUCAAUCCUGUACCGGUGCUUGAUAGAGCGCACUGACUGAACGUAUUCACUCUGUUGCACUAAAUGAAUGACUGCUUUUAUUCUCUCUAUUUGAGCUACACACAGGUGAGCUCGCUAAUAAUUGUGCCUUCUUCUUCUUCUUGUGUUUGCACUUUUUUUUAAUGAUGAGUCCUCCUGCACUUUGAACAACGUGACCACCGUACUGUAUGUCAACCUCAGCUCAGGAAACAGCAGGACAUGUGAAAUGUAACAAUCAUUUGUCAUUUUGGCAACAACAACAACAAAAAUGUUUUGUCAGCAGAAAUUCCUACUGGAAUGACAAUUUUGCAAUAUUCUCUUUUUUUAACAGUAAAUGUUUCAUUGAAAAUGUCAUUGUGAAUGCUGUAAUAUGCCAACAUGUUUUUAGGUAAAAUGGUUAUUUGCUGACAUAGUCCGACUUUAAAAAGUAAAAUGAAAACAGGCAUAUUUUUCAGAAAAUUAAGUCAUAUUUUUCGGAGAAAAACUGAAUCAAGGUCAAGUGAAUAAAGUCAAACAGUGGUGCCUCGAGAUACGACCCAUUGUUCAGCGUUAUUUUUGCUUUGACUUGCAAGCUAAAAAUGCAAAACACCAUAGAGAGGCUAAUAAAUAGCAUCAUUGUUGCCGCGUUAUACAUUUUUAAUCGAUGGAUAUUUGAACACAAACGGUGGCGCAACACAUGCAGAGAGACAGUAUAACAAUACUCACAAGCAUAUAUUCUUUAUCUUUUGCAAAAAAUGACUAAUAAUAUUGCAGCUUACUGAGUCAGUUGUGAAACGCUUCUUCAUGUGUGUCUCUAUGUUUGCAUUAUACGACCACCAGGUGGCCAAAAUGCACACACCAGAAGGUGCAUAUCAUUUAUAAAUCGUUUUCACCACUAUUGCCUUCACCAUCCACAUUUUGUCUGUUGUUCUUCCUUCAGCCCUUGGUAUUUCUCCACCUUUUGGUGUUCCUUUUUCCCGGAUGUCGCUAUCACUCAGGAACGCUACAUCCAGCACAACUGCUGUCUUCUGAUGAUUAUCAACUACCAGUAUGUCAGGCUCAUUGGCCACCACUCAUUGUCAGUCUGGAUCUGGAAGUCCGACGGGAUCUUGGCCUGGUUGGUCUCAACCACCUUUGGUGAGGUCCGCCAUCUUGAUUCUGGGACCGCCAGUCCACAUUUGGUACAGAUGUAUUGCUACUUGCUGCUACUUGGUUAUGUCGCUCCAUAUAUGCCUUGCCUGCCAACAUCUUACACCAUGCUGUGAUGUGCUGCACUGUCUCAGGGGCUUCUUUGCAUUGCUUGCGCCUGGGGUCCUGUCUGGUGUAGUACACCUCUGCCUCUUUUGAGUUUGUGUUUAGGGCUUGUUCUUGUGCUGCCAUGAUUAGUCCCUCGGAGCUGUCUUUCAGUCCAUCUUUUUCCAGCCACUGGUAUGUUUUCUCUCUCAGGCACUUCAAUUUGUUGCUGGUACAUGCGCCAUGGAGAGGCUCGUUCUUCCAUGACAGCCCAUCUGGCUCCUUCUCCAUACUGGGCUUCUCUCUCUCUCUCUCUCUCUUCUCUUCUCUCUCUCUCUCUGUAUAU